AUGAGUCCAAAGAAGGCGGGGAAGCAGGGGCGGGGGUCUGCGCCUUCGUCGCAGCAGCGCGGGCGUCGCGGCGGGAAGGCUGCCUUCUCGCGGAAGAAAGGGCAGCGCAGAACGAAGGUUCAGUCGCGCCGCGCGAACGUGACAGCCGCGUCGUUCAUGGAGCGGGCGCGGCAGGAGCUCGCGCGCUACAAUGUGCCACCGAAAAAGAUGAAAAAGAGUGCAGCCAAGGCAGGCAACGGCGCGCAGCCGGGCAAGCGGGGCGUGAAGAACGCGCUGCCGACAGGCGGACGCCCCACGCACCUGCUGCCCGUGAGGCCGAGCGGGCAGGACGAAGUGGGAGUGAAGGAGCUUUGGGCGAGCUUGCGUGCGUUUGACGAGGAGAAUCGGCAGGUAGAACGGGAGCGCGUGGAAAAGCGGAGGCGCAGAGAGGCGCGGCAGCAGAUCGCGAGCGGCUGCGGCCCUGCAGAAGAGAAGAGUCGCGCGAUGGAGCGCGCCGCAGCCGACGGGAAGGCGGCUGCGGCCAUCGAGGAGAGAGACCUGGCGACCAUGACUCGCAGCGAACGAAGAAAAAUGCGUCUGCGAAGACAGAAAAUGGCUAGCGAGCAGCGGGAGAGGGCGGAGAGGCCGCCCGCCAACCCCGAGGACGGGGACGCGAAGAAGGCUGGCAAGGGAAAGGCCCUCGCACGCGAGGAAGUUGAGCGGCAACGCGAAGCAGUCGAAGAGGAUUCAGAGCCAAACGACUCACUAGAGGGGGGAGACGACGAACUGGCACUGAGAGUGAAUGGCGGGAAGGGCGAGCAGGACAGGAAGCGGAAACGCGUGUGCAGGGAAGUCCACGACGAGGACGAGCCCGACAGCGUGCGCGUUCGCGUCAAGAAAAGCGUCGUCCCACGUGUCAACUCUGAGACUGUGAAAUCCGCGAGCGAAGGAGAGAAGAAAGUCCGACCUGGGAAGUGUCCUGUCAUGCGGAGAAAAGGCGAAUCCUUCGCGUCGUUCUCGAAACGCGUCGACGCGUGGACGAGAGAGUCGCUACGGACCUCGAGCUCGUCGGCGCCAGCGGGAGAGAAGGUCAAGGGGAAAGUGAAGGAGGACGUGGCGGCUGAGGCCGAGCGCGGGAGCCAGUCGCGCACAUCUGCGCGCGAGGAGCUGGCGGAGAGUCUCACUCCCGCGGCGCCCGCGGCGUCGCGGCCUGCCUUCGGUGAGGUGGUCGACCGCCCUCCCGAGCUUAGGCGCUUCAAUGACGCGUUCGCGCGCUUCAAAGCGAAGACCGACGCGAGCCGACCGCGCGUGUCGGCGGCUGCGGACAACGGCGCAAAGUGGACGAAGAAGGGAAUGUCUGCCGAUGCGACGUCCGCGGGCGGGCGAGGCGAUGCGGAUGAGGAGGAUUCCACGCGCGGCGGAGAAGCGCCUGAGGCUUACGUGCAGCAGGUGCGCGCGGCUUACGUGGCGCUGAAGCAAGCGAAGCGGCACGCGAAAUUCGAAGGAAAGAAAGGGACUGCAGGGAAGAGAGAAAGUGAAGGGACUCAGGAAACGUCCUACACGCGGCCGGGUUGGGUCAGCUCGGCAGCCUCUCUUCAUGAUUCGCAGUGGAUCGGAGUUGGCCGCUACCGACCUCUCGAGCAGUGA